CUCUCUCUCUUUCUCUCUCUGAGCCUAAAGAACGAAAUUUGAAUCACGCCGCGUUGCAGACAUCGAAAGACGAUAAACGAUUCUGGAUCGUCGCUCACACUCGAUCUUAAGCGUGCUUGACCGGGUCGAUCUCGCUGAUUCGAAUGACAGUCGAAUAGUUGUGAAAAUACGUACACCAAAUCUACAUGGCGACCGUCGUCGCCACUGACGUUAAAUUGUCGCGAUGUAACGAUCAACCAUGGGGCUUUCGACUUUCCGGAGGUGUGGACUUUGCUUUUCCUUUAACCGUCGUUAGGGUGACGAUCGAAGGUGUGGCCCACACAGCUGGUCUGCAAGCAGGUGACGUGGUCGUCCGCCUGAACGGAGAGCCAAUAAGUCAUCUCACACACGCCCAAGUCUACGAUAAGCUCAUCAACAUCAACGACGAUGACAUCGUUCUAUCUGUUGUACGAAGUUACGAGAUCGCGCAACGAUAACAGAGGCAAUAACAAUAUUCCUUUACCAAUGGUUCAUUUUUCGAUGUCACGUGAUAAAUGCGCGCUAACAAAAGUGAAAGUUUGACGUCGUACGUAGUAUUGCAAUAUGAAGACACGACACGAUGUAAAUGCGACAGACGAGUGGAAUAAAAUUAUUGGAAAAUAUCGACGAGAUUUUUAAGCUGCACGUGAGCUUAUAGCACGCCUUGGCCUGACCUCUCUGGCCGCGCAUCUGGCACACAUCAUGUCGCGACGAUCAAGGACUCGGUGAUACAAUGUUGCGAAAUUAUGUUGGCAAUCGGUUCGCACGUGAUUGAGCGCAAUUAGUCAACUGUCGAUCAGACACGGCGGGAUGCCGCAUCCAUAGCGGGUCAUCAAUUUUAUUCGUAAUUAAAUGAUCUACAAACUCUGUCCCCUUUCAAUAAUAUAAUUAGAUAAUAUGCUCGCGCACGCUCGAAUGGAAACGAGAACAAAUUCAAGGACACGAUAGAACACAUUAUGUAUAUUUACAUAAUUUAUUUUCGUUUUAAUAUAUUAGAUAUUGUUUAUAAAAUAUGUGUGUACGCGCGCGCGCGCAUGCGCGCGUGUGUAUGUGUGUUAUGUAUACGACUCAUGUUAUAAUCGUCAUCGUAACAAUUUGACGUACACGUCACUUCGAAAUAUAAUUUACACAAAAAUUACUGUACAAUAUAUUUUAACCGUUCUCUCGCGCUUCCGCCUUUUUCGACAUACAUCCGCGCUGUAUCUCACGCACACAAAAAAAAACCUUAUCACACUCAUUUUAGUUACAUUUUUCAUCACUUUACCCCGUGUUUUAUUAUAUAUCAUCGUCAUCGUUGUCACAGAAGGCGAUGCAGGAUGAAGUAU